AAAGACCAUAUGUUCCCGAACAAUCUCAUCCAAUCAACAUCACUUUAGUCACUUCUGUAGUUUUGCAUAGAUAAAUUCUUUAUUCAUUUCAACAAAAAGUUACCAAUUCUCCACGUUUUCGACAAAGGCUUAUAAUUAAGGAAAAAACAUAGUUAACUAUAAAGUGGAAAUCAACAUUUCCUAUAAAAGGAACACACCCGGUUUGUAAAAGAGCACACAAAGUGAAGUGCAACAAUGGAUGGUAAGGUAGAAGCAUCCUCAAAAGAAGCAGAUGAGAGCUUGAGUAUUGGGAGCAAACGUGGUGGUUGGAUAAGUUUCCCUUUCUUCAUUGGUAUGAUAACGGGGUUGUCACUUGCAAGCACUGGAAUUGUUGGAAACUUGAUUGUAUAUCUUAUAAGUGAAUUCAAUAUCAAGAGCAUCAAUGCAGCUCAGAUUGUAAACGUUGUUGUUGGAAGCACAAGUCUAUUUCCACUUGUUGCAGCAAUCCUUGCUGACUCUUUCUUUGGCUCAUUCUUAGUUGCCUUUGCUUCUUCUUGUGUUGCUUUGCUGGGCACAAUUCUAUUAUUCUUGACGGCAACUAUUAAUUCACUAAAGCCUCAUCCAUGUAGCAAUGAUUCAUCAAUCACAUGCAAACCACCAACAGGAAUCCAAUAUACAGUUUUAUACAUAAGCAUAGUGUUAAUAUCAAUUGGUUUUGGUGGUUCACGUUACACAGCAGCAUCACUAGGAGCCAAUCAAUUUAACAAACCAGAACAUCAGGGAAUAUUUUUCAACUGGUUCUUUUUCGCUUUCUAUGUUGCUUCAGGAGCUGCAUUAACUGGAAUUAUUUACAUUGAAGAUAAUUUGGGUUGGGCUACAGGAUUUGGUAUCUGUGUUGUGGCUGCUUUUGUUGGUGUGGUUAUUUUUUUGUCGGGUUAUCGAUUUUAUCGAGCCGAAAAGCUUCAAGGAAGUGCGGUUUUGGAUUUGGGACGUGUUUUUGUUGCAUCUGUUCGUAAGUGGAAGUGUAAGCUCUCAUCUAGAGUUGAGGAUUACUAUACUACCAAUGGUGAUGAUGUUAUGGUUCAAGUGCUACCUCCAGUUACACCAGGAAAAAGAUUAAGGUUCUUCAAUCGGGCAUCUCUAAUAACUGAUGCAGACCUAAAAUCAGAUGGCUCAGUUAAAAAAUCAUCAUGGAGACUAUGCACAGUUCAACAAGUGGAUGAUUUCAAAAAAAUAAUUGGAAUCCUACCAUUGUGGUCUUCAAGUAUAUUCUUAGCAACUCCAAUAGCAAUCCAAAGUUGCUUGGUUGUACUUCAAGCUUUAGUCAUGGAUCGUUCAUUAGGACCCCAUUUUAAAAUCCCAGCUAGUUCUGUUUCUGUUAUAGUCUUGAUAUCAGCACCCAUUUUCCUCACAUUUCUUGACAGAGUGCUAUUACCAGGUUGGCAUAAGGUUACCAGGAAAAUGCCUAUGCCGCUCCAACGAAUAGGAGCAGGACAUGUGUUGACUGUUCUUGGCAUGGUUGUCUCUGCUCUUGUUGAAUCAAAGAGACUCAAAUUAGUACAUGUGCAUAAUGUUUCCAUGUCUGUGUUAUGGUUGUUUCCACAGUUAGUGUUGGUUGGUAUUGGAGAAGCUUUUCAUUUUCCUGGACAAGUUACAUUCUACUACCAACAAUUUCCACAAUCACUUAAGAACACAUCAACAGCAAUGAUUUCAAUGCUUAUAGGAAUUGCUUUUUAUUUGAGCACUGCUUUAAUUGACCAAGUUCGUAGGAGUACUGAUUGGUUACCUGAUGAAAUAAAUCAUGGCAAGGUUGAUAAUGUGUAUUGGAUGUUAGUAGUGUUUGGAGGUAUCAACUUUGUGUAUUACCUAUUGUGCUCUAUUUCUUACAAGUAUGAAAAUGUUUAGGAUGUGAUGUUAUGAUAAAUGUGGUUCUAUGGUUGGAAUAAUAAGUAAUAAUGAUAAUAUGUUCAUUUUUUGAUUUGUUGAA